GAAAACUGAGAUUAAUAUAUACAUAUUGGAAGAGAGAAACAACCUUUGUUGGGCAUCCUCCAUGAUAAGAUAAAUACUAAUUUUAGUCCAUUGGAAAGCCAAUGUGCAGAUCUGCUAAAAAAUAAACUGGUUGUGUAAAGCCAACAUUCAGCUGCUGAAAAUGAGUGCCCAGCCUCCCACAGCAGACAAGGGAUUAAAUACUGCCCUUUUGUGCCAGGAAAGCUAUGCUUGCAGUGGAGCAGAUGAGGCAACCUUUGAGUGUGAUGAGUGUGGGAGCCUGCAGUGCCAGCGGUGUGAAGAAGAACUGCACAGGCAGGAAAGACUACGAAAUCAUGAACGGACCCGUAUUAAAGCUGGCCAUGUCCCAUACUGCGACUCCUGCAAAGGUGCCAGUGGAAAUAUCAUGCAGAGCAAUGCCACAAGUUCCAGGCAGAGAGCAGUGGUGCGGUGCCAGGCCUGCAAAACUAAUCUGUGUGUUGAGUGUCAGAAGAGGACUCAUGCUGGUGGAAACAAGCGGAAACACCCUAUUACUGUAUACCAUGGUGGCAAACCCCAAGAGGCAGAAGAGGGGAUGGAUGAAGAGGCCAAGAGGAAGAAGAUGACAGAAAAUGUCGUAAGCUUCCUGUUGGUGGAUGAAACAGAGGAGAUCCAGGUGGCAAAUGAAGAAGAAUUUAUCCGGAAACUGGACUGCAAACCUGACCAGCACCUCAAGGUUGUCUCUAUUUUUGGGAACACUGGGGAUGGCAAAUCCCAUACCCUUAACCACACUUUCUUCUACGGUCGUGAGGUUUUUAAAACAUCUCCAGCCCAGGAGUCCUGUACAGUAGGUGUCUGGGCAGCCUAUGAUCCUGUCCACAAAAUGGUGGCAAUUGACACAGAAGGUCUUCUUGGGGCCACGGUGAACCUUAGUCAGAGGACCCGGCUGCUCCUGAAGGUAUUGGCCAUUUCAGAUGUUAUCAUCUAUCGAACACAUGCUGACAGACUUCACAAUGAUCUCUUCAAAUUUCUCGGCGAUGCCUCUGAGGCAUACCUAAAACAUUUCACCAAAGAGCUGAAGGCAACCACAGCCCGUUGUGGUCUGGAUGUUCCCUUAUCAACUCUGGGUCCUGGAGUUGUUAUCUUCCAUGAGACUGUAUAUACACAGUUACUGGGUGCUGAUCAUCCUUCUGAGGUGCCUGAGAAACUCAUCCAGGAUCGGUUUCGGAAACUGGGCCUCUUCCCUGAAGCUUUCAGCUCGAUCCAUUACAAAGGAACAAGGACUUACAACCCUCCAACAGACUUCUCUGGACUCAGGCAUGCUGUGGAGCAGCAACUAGAAAAUAAUACCACCCGUUCUCCCCGCCCUCCUGGAGUUAUCUACAAAGCACUCAAGGCACUGAGUGAUCGGUUCAGUGGUGAGAUCCCAGAUGAUCAAAUGGCCCACAGCUCCUUCUUUCCAGACGAGUAUUUCACCUGUUCCUCUGUAUGCCUCAGCUGCGGGUGUGGAUGUAAGAACAGCAUGAACCAUGUAAAAGAAGGGGUUCCUCAUAUAGCCAAGAAUCGCUGUCGAUAUACCCAUCAGUAUGAUAACAGAGUAUAUACCUGCAAGGCCUGUUACGAACGUGGGAAUGAGGUCAGGGUGGUGCCAAAAACAUCUGCUUCGACAGAUUCCCCUUGGAUGGGUCUUGCAAAGUAUGCCUGGUCAGGGUAUGUGAUCGAGUGUCCCACCUGUGGAGUUGUGUAUCGCAGCAGACAGUAUUGGUUUGGGAACCAAGAUCCUGUGGACACCGUGGUGAGGACAGAAAUUGUGCACGUCUGGCCAGGAACGGAUGGAUUUCUGAAGGACAACAACAAUGCUGCUCAGCGCCUCAUAGAUGGGAUGAACUUCAUGGCGCAGUCAGUAUCUGAGCUGAGCCUGGGACCCACAAAAGCUGUGACGUCUUGGCUGACAGACCAAAUCGCUCCAGCCUACUGGAAGCCCAAUUCCCAGAUUCUGAACUGCAAAAAGUGUGGCAUAUCAUUUAAAGAUAACGACACUAAACACCAUUGUCGGUCGUGUGGUGAAGGCUUCUGCGAUGGUUGUUCGUCUAAGAGCUGCCCUGUCCCAGAGCGGGGCUGGGGACCCACACCUGUGCGAGUGUGUGACAGCUGCCAUGAUAACAGGGGCAUUCAAUUAGAUGUGCCCGAGGCUCCAACAGAUGAGGAAGGGGGGACAGUGAUAGCCAGGAAGGUUGGUGAGGCUGUGCAGAACACCCUUGGGGCUGUUGUGACUGCCAUCGACAUCCCACUAGGUCUCGUGAAAGAUGCUGCCAGGCCUGCUUACUGGGUGCCCGACCAUGAAAUCUUACACUGCCACAACUGCCAGAAGGAAUUCAACAUCAAGCUCUCCAAACACCACUGUCGUGCCUGUGGCCAGGGUUUCUGUGACGAGUGCUCCCACGAGCGCAGAUCAGUCCCCUCCCGUGGCUGGGAUCAUCCUGUCAGAGUCUGCUUUAAUUGCAAUAAAAAGCCCGGUGACCUUUAACCCCAGCUUCUUCUCUGGGUCCUCCGUAACACCUUUGCUUCUCAG